AUAUUUUUUCGCUAUUCAAAAUGGCACCGUCUCAAUCAGGAAGUAAGGAAAACAACUAGGAAGACUAACUUGGAUAAAUAUCCCAGUUUGAGCUACUUCGACCCGAGUUCUCGUUCAAAAUCAGGCGAUUGUCUUCGUGGAUAAGACUAACUACAAAUAGCCCACCCACGGUCAUGGAGAGCACUUGUCCUUGUUGAAGUACUGACUCAGACACAGCCAGCUCGUGGGUGGCGGUAGAGAGGUGCAUAGUCUAAGUCUGCUGGUAGUCAUGUGUGAAGCUCUGGUCUGAUGUCCACCCUUACCUCAGUGCUGGCCAUGGACGGGGAGAACUACCUGCAUCCAGAAGGCCCUCAGCUGAACAGCAGCAUGUUCUCAGUGGGCGCCUCAAGCAUGGAGAGUUCAAUAUUUACCUCCUCUGGUACCUGGGGACCCUUUUCUCAGCAGCCUGGAUACUGCCCUAUGCAAUCUGGAAACCAGCAAUACCACUUGAAUAACAGCACUACCACCAACAUUCCUGAUAUGCACAUGAGCAUGUACCCGGGAUUCUCUGACAUGGACUUUCCCAGCCUCCCUAAAAAUGGGAAUGGAGACUUCGCCCAGGACCUGUCCUGCAUUGAUGACCUCUCAAACUCUUUGUUCUCUUCUCCCGCGGACUCGCUGUCGGAGUACGCCGACACCCAGUCCUACAUCCCCUCCAAUCACCCGGAUCCAGUUCCCACACUCUGGGACAUUAACACUAGCCCCGCCACCACACAAGCACAGAGCCACUUAGAGACUCCAGUAACACAACCACCACCAGAGGAAGAAGAGGAGGCUGAGGAGGAGGAACCAGAGGAGCUCGGCCAUGUUGACACAUACGCAGAGUACAAACCCUCAAAAUCCACAAUAGGAAUUUCACAUCCUGACAUUGUUGUGGAAACCAACACGCUGUCCAGCGUCCCUCCUCCGGACAUCACAUACACUCUAUCUAUUCCGGACUCAACUAUUAACAGUGGCCUCCUGUCUGCACUGCAGUUAGAGGCCAUUAUCUACGCCUGUCAGCAACACGAGGUGAUUCUCCAGAACAACCAGAGAGCAGGCUUCCUGAUUGGAGAUGGAGCAGGCGUUGGAAAGGGACGCACCGUGGCAGGAAUCAUUCUGGAGAACUAUCUUAAGGGACGAAAGAAAGCACUGUGGUUCAGCAUAUCCAAUGACCUGAAAUACGACGCAGAGAGAGAUCUCAAAGACAUAGAUGCACCAAAUAUCCCGGUGCAUGCCUUAAACAAGAUAAAGUAUGGAGACACAGCUACCUCAGAAGGAGUCCUGUUUGCAACUUACUCUGCACUCAUCGGAGAGAGCCAGGCAGGAGGCCAGCACCGGACGAGAAUCAAACAGAUCCUGGACUGGUGCAAGCAGGACUUUGAUGGAGUUAUUAUUUUUGAUGAAUGCCACAAAGCCAAGAACGCCACAUCCACAAAAAUGGGCAAGGCAGUUCUUGACCUGCAGAACAAGCUGCCACACGCCAGAGUGGUGUACGCCAGUGCCACAGGUGCCUCUGAGCCAAAGAACAUGAUUUAUAUGAGCCGCCUGGGAAUCUGGGGCGAGGGCACACCCUUCAGGACCUUUGACGACUUCCUGCAUGCCAUUGAGAAGAGAGGGGUCGGGGCUAUGGAGAUUGUGGCCAUGGACAUGAAAGUGAGCGGCAUGUAUAUUGCCAGACAGCUAAGCUUCUCUGGCGUUUCUUUCCGCAUCGAGGAGAUCGGCCUGGACAGCGACUUCAAAGAGGUCUACAACAAAGCUGCCAAGCUGUGGGCGGAGGCAUUGAAAAUGUUCAUGCAGGCAGCUGAUGAGCUGGGGCUGGUCAGCAGGAAGUCCCUGUGGGGACAGUUCUGGUCAUCUCACCAGCGCUUCUUCAAAUACCUUUGUAUCGCUGCCAAGGUGCGCUGCCUGGUGGAGCUGGCUCAGAAGGAGCUGGAGGCUGGAAAGUGCAUCGUUAUCGGGCUGCAGUCCACUGGAGAAUCACGCACCAGAGAGGUCUUGGAUGAAAACGAUGGGCAUCUUGACAGAUUUGUUUCUGCAGCAGAGGGAGUAUUCCAGUCUCUUGUAACAAAGCACUUUCCUUCAGAGAAACAAAGGAGAGAGAAGGCACCAGGGAAUAAAAGAAAAAAAGGGAAGCCUCGAGGUCGCCAGGCAAAGAUGCCUAAGCACACAGUGGACAGCGGCGGUGUGAUCAACAUCUCUGACGACAGCAGCAGUGACUCUGAGGGGAUGGACACCGACUCCAACUCUUCGCCAGACUCCCUGCAAGACAACGAUGACGUCAUCUUUGUUAACCACACUAGCCACCAGUCAGCUAGGAUAGAUGAGAUGAAGCACAGCCUGCUCAAUAAAAUUGCUGUACUGGGAAAAGAACUACCUCUCAACACAUUGGACGUGCUCAUAGAUAGGUUUGGAGGACCAGAUAAAGUUUCUGAGAUGACUGGACGUAAAGGUCGCGUGGUGCGACGUCCAGACGGCACCGUUCGCUACGAGUCCCGGGCCGAGCAAGGCUCCACCAUCGACCAAAUCAACAUCAAGGAGAAAGACCGCUUCAUGUGUGGAGAAAAGUUGGUGGCCAUCAUCUCAGAAGCAGCCAGCUCAGGGAUUUCCCUGCAGGCCGACAAACGAGUGAAGAACCAGAGGCGAAGGGUCCACAUGACCCUGGAGCUGCCGUGGAGUGCAGACCGGGCCAUCCAGCAGUUCGGUCGCACUCACCGGUCCAAUCAGGUCACAGCACCAGAGUACAUCUUCCUCAUCUCAGAGUUGGCCGGGGAGAGACGUUUCGCAUCUAUUGUGGCUAAAAGACUCGAGAGCCUGGGUGCUUUGACCCACGGUGACAGAAGAGCCACUGAAUCGAGGGACCUGAGCAAGUACAACUUUGAGAACAAGUAUGGUACCAAGGCCCUGGAUAAAAUCACCAAAUCAAUCAAUGGCUACAUAGAAAACAAGGUGCCUCCUCCCAAAGGAUACCCUGAAGGGGACGCCAUGUUCUUCAGAGACAUGAAAGUUGGAAUGAUGGAUGUGGGCAUCAUCUGUAAGGAGCCUCGCUUUGGCAUCAGUACUGAGAAAGACUGCAGCAUCACCAAGUUCCUAAACCGCAUCCUGGGCCUGGAGGUCCACAAGCAGAACUACCUCUUCCAGUACUUCACAGAUAACUUCGACUACCUGAUCGAGAAGGACAAGAAGGAGGGAAAAUAUGACAUGGGAAUCCUAGAUCUGGCCCCCGGCAAUGAUGAGAUUUAUGAGGAGAAGCAGGAAACUUUCCUGACAGUCGGAAAUCCUCAAGAUGGACAGGUUGUUCUUUAUAAGAUCAGCGUGGACAGAGGAAUGCCAUGGGAGGAGGCGUACAACAGGUCACUGAAGCUCACCGGUCCUGAGGAGGGAUUCUACCUUUCCCAUAAGCUGCGAGGUAACAGCCCAUGUGUGCUGCUGGCCGAGCAGGGAAGAGGUAAAAACUUCAACAUCUACAAGCCCAACAUUGGCAAGCAGACGCAGCCCGAGAGCCUCAGCAACCUGCAGCAACGUUACAGAAAGGUUACUUUCUUGGAGGCCAAGGAGAGCUGGGAGAACCAGUUCACCUUUUCCUUUAAGAACUGCAGCCACGCCAACUGGAAUGGGAAGUGUAAGAAAAUCGAGGAGGGCCAGGAGUGUCUGGCGGGGAUGCGUCUCCGCCAGUAUCACAUGCUGUGCGGAGCUUUGUUACGGGUGUGGAAGCGGGUCUCCGACGUUGUGUCCGACAUCACCAGCUCAAGCAUUCUGCAGAUCGUCCGCCUCAAAACCAAGCAGCACAACAAGCAAGUCGGCAUCAAGAUCCCAGAAAACUGCGUGGCCCGCGUGCGCGAGGAGCUGCUGCAGAUGGACGAGGAGGUGAAACGGAGGCGGAAAGAGAAGGAGCAGCAGGAGCGCAUGCGCAAAAUGGAGCAGGAGAACAAGCACCUUCUGGAGAACCUGUUCAGCCGGAAGCCCAUCCAAAACCAGACGCUCUCUCAUCCUCUGGUGUCCAACCCGUUCCCCAAACAGAACCUGAACGCUCUGCAGAGGACUCAGCUCGGCAGCUUCUCCCAGCCGUCCUCCCACAGCCCGUCACUGUUCCCUCUCAACGGCUGGCCCAACAACUCCUCCUCCUUGUCCUCUCCCUCCUCCGCCACCAACGGCCAGGUCUGCCAGCCCAGCCACAGAUUCCCCCCGUUCUACGGCUCGUCGUCUUUCAUGUCUUUCCCUCAAUCCAAGAACCCGCCGCUCCAGCUCACCCAGUUCUCGCCGGCUCCCCUUCUGUCUUCCAAGAACCCUCUGGACGAAAUCUUGGACCUGACCGUGAGCCCGCCUUCUUCGUCUCCGGACAGCACCACGGCCAACCCGGCCGCGUUCGUGGAAGAUUUCAACCUGGACGUUCUCUUGGGCCAGACGGCGCCGGACAUGUUGACCGCCCCGCAGACGCAGCUGCCCCAACUCGACCUGCAGCACAUCCUGCAGCACACGUCGGAGACAGCGGCGACGCCGUCCAGCCAGUUCGACCUGCAGCGCGCGCCGGAGCCGCAGCAAGAGCAGCAGACGCAGGAGCAAAGCCGCGACUUGUUGGUCAACAACCACCAGGACAUACUAGAGCUACUUUGCGCAGGCCUGUCUCCGCUCCCGUCCGCACAGAAAGCCGUCUCGUCGUCUUCCGCCCUGUCCCACUACCCCAAUCCGCCCUCCUCGUCCUCGUCAUCCUCCUCGUCCUCGCUGUACUCCAGCGCGGCGCACUCCUCCUGCUUUCCGGCGAACUCGCUGCUGCCGCUCUCGGACCCUUUACCCAACGGCCAGUGCGGCGCGGGCGCGCUGGACGUCCGCGAGGCUCUGAACAGCAUGCUGCAAGCCGGACCCGACCGCAAGUCCGUCAUCCAGUACCGUCAGCAAGACUGAGAGCUCAAAUCGUUACAAACUGUCUGGAAUCUGUCUUUUUCUUUUUUUUUUUUUUGGUGUUUUGGUUUUAUUGUUUUGUUUUUUUUAAAGCAGAUCGCAUCUUGUUUGCAGCUGUCUAGAACCUGUCCUACCCUCCUUCCUCUCCCCCUGACCCUCUGACCCCUGAUCCCCUCAGGGCCUAUAGUCACGUCACUGCCUGUCCUGUGCUGGACCCCCUCCCGCCCCCACGCCCCCUGAGGUGAUGGCAGACUCAGUCAAUAACAGAUUUCUGCACCAAAGUGUGCCCUACACAGUAAAAGGCAGCUGUUUUACAAGUAAAAAACAAAACAAAAUAAAAACAGGAAGUGAAAAACUAACCACCUUUUAGUGGGAAAAAAAAACAGGAGCUGUCAAGAAACACAAAACUUAUUCACUGAGGCAUGGAAAUUUUUAAAAACAAAACAACAAAUCCCGCUGCUGAUUCGUAACGAGUGAAGUUGCUGGGAGCUCUAAAAACGCCUCUCACCAUUUACAACUUUUGCUUUUUCUGGGGGAAAAAAAAGUAUGCUGAGUUUGAGUGAAACAAAACAAAACAACAGAGAGAUUGAAAGAGAAAACAUGAAAUCUUUUAGCUGGUUAGCCACGAAAUGCCUCCGUUUUCUGUUAUUUCCUCCACAUCGUCCCUCCUGGUUCUCUCCCUGCUCCUAUUAACACUAGCGCGAGGAAGAAGAAGGGGAGGAAGAUCAGCCUGCUGUUGCGACAAACAGUGCCUUCAGAAAAAAAACCUAUAAAUGCAGUCUUUAAUACUCCAUGUAGCCUAAUGUAUAGAUUUGUACUCUUGAGCGGUGGUUUUAUUCUUAAUUUAAUACACGUGUAUUUGUAUUUAACUUUGACCCCAUGAAUGAGUGAGUGAGUCAGCCGCCAUUUAGUCGGUCUGCCUUGCUGCUCUUUGGUUGGAAAACAAACCAGGGGAAGGUUUCAGGGUGCCGAGAGGUGAAGCUAGUGGACAGACUCACACAUGACAGCUUGGCUAACACCUGGUUAGAUGCUCGGAGGUUAUCAGGUCUCUGAAACGGAAAACACUACGCUCAGAGAAGCCCCGUCACGUUCUCGCAGCAGGACCAGAUUGCAUCUCUUCUCUGUUGUUGCCCUCCUCCUCAUUUCUUCAUCUUCAUCCGCCUCCUUCCUGUUCAAAAUCUCCGUCUUGUCUCGAUUUUUUUUGUAGCACUCAUCCGAUGCAGAUUCUGUUUUAUAUUGGAGCUCUUUGAGUGUUUUUAAAUGUGUGUUUGCGUCACUAUUUGUCUUCUUUGAGUUUGUUUCCCUCUGUAGGCAUGGGCUGGUAUGAGAUUCUCAUGUAAAAAUGACAAUGAAAUUUUCAAUGAAACAGAAAAGAAACAAUUUCUAACUAAAAUAUAGUCAAAUAUUUAUUACUAUUGCUGUAUAAAAUAAUUCUAUCUAUUAGAUUUAUGUGUUUAUCAGCUACCUUUCAGCCAGCUGACCAGUAGUGAGCAGCGGUACUCAUGUGAAGCAACUUUAAACUGUCAACCUUGAUAACUGUAACCAGCUCAUGCCUCGUUUCAGUCUCUAAAACCCGUGGAAAAACAGAGAAAGUCGCAUUUUUUGUUGUUUGUUUGUUGUUUUUUUUUGUUGUUUUUUUCAUUUUUAUCCAUCAUCUUCGACAUAGGAAAACAGAAAGCUUGAGUAGCUUUGCUGUCCUUUUUCAGCUCUCAGCGUGUAUGGUGUUUCCUAAACCUGACAUCUGGUGAUAUUCGUGUGUGAAAACAAUGCACUGUAGCUGGUUCGUGACAAAUUGCCAGGAGUUCAACUUGUCGAAAAAGCAAUAACCAAUACAAUAGUUUUUGAAACGAAACAAAAACAAAACAAAACAAAAAAAAAAC